CAUCUUCCAAUCACAAUAGAUAAUACCAUAUACAAAUGUGUAUGUUGCUAAUUGGGGAAUUUGGGAAAGUUGCAUUGCAUGCAUUCAAAGGAAACAUAAAGAAAUAGCGGCCCACCUUCCACGGUAUUAGCUAGUAGUUUCCAAAACCUACAUACAGUUUGGUUGUGAUAUAAAUAAGACCAUGUAGCAAAAUAUUGAGGAACCCUUUGGAAGCCCAUACAUUUUCAGAAAAAAAAAAAAAAAAAAACACAAAAACCAGCAAUUUAUGGCGGCUACAACUUCUUCAGGCCAAUCUCCGAGGACAAGAAGCCCUGCCCCUUUCUUGUCCAAGACAUAUGAUUUGCUAGAAGAAGGUGCAGCAGAGGAAGGAGAUAGUGGAAAGAAGAUUGUGUCUUGGAAUGCAGAGGGCUCUGGAUUUGUAGUUUGGUCUCCUGCUGAGUUCUCAGAGCUCUUGCUGCCUAAAUAUUUCAAGCACAAUAAUUUCUCCAGCUUCAUCCGCCAGCUUAAUACUUAUGGGUUCAAGAAAACAUCACCAAGACAAUGGGAAUUUAAGCAUGAAAGGUUCCAGAAAGGCUGUAGGCAUAUGCUGGUGGAGAUCACAAGGAAGAAAUGUGAGCCAAGUGCAUUUCCAGUGUAUCUAAAGGCUUCAGAAGAGAGUGGUAGCAGCAACACAGCUGUGGCUGCAGCAGAGGAAAAUAAUUGUUUGCUGUUAAUGGAGGAGAACAAGAACCUCAGGAAACAGAAACUGGAGCUGCAGAUGCAAAUAUCUCAGUUUAAAGCCUUAGAAAUGAAGCUGUUGGAUUGCCUAGCGCAGAACAUGGAAGAUCAUCAGAAGAAUAAAGUUCGAUGCUGAUGAAACAAAUUAAUAAUAGGAGUUAAUUUUGGUAUUUUUGGUACGAGUGUUUGUAUCAAGGUCCAGGAAUUCAAGCAUAUUUGAUCAUUGAUGCUGC